CUGGACAGGUCACCGUGUGGAGCGCUGGACAGGUCGAUUUUGUUCGUGGAGCGAUUUGCAAGGUCUGCCGCGGCUUGCUUCGUGUUGUCAGGCGGCCCUGGGCAGAGAGCGGACUCGGUGCGCACAGCGGCACCGCGGGUGAUGCUGGGAAAUGAGCCUCGGACACGGUUGUGAUACACUCGGAAGACUGCAAUGACAAGUCUGGAAAGCAGCCAUGCCGAGAAGACGCGCCAACCCGCCAAGCAGCCGGCACCCAAGGUGCAAGUCCAGAGAUCCGUCUCUCGAGAGACCAUCACCAUUCGCUUCUCGGCUUUUGGGAAGGAAGAGGAGGAGGAAGAGGAAUUUGGAGCGCCGCUCGAUGAGGAACAAGAUGACCAAGGCAUUGUCACAGCUGUAGAGGCCAAGGAAGACCUUUGCUUUGAGGCCGGUGCACCCCAAUCUCUUAGUCCCGCCGCUGUGAUUGAGGAGUUCUCGACGACUCCAACUGCAAACCCUGCCCAGGCUAUUGAAGCUGACCCUGCGCCCGACACCUUCGUCUCUGUGCCGCUGCGGCCGUGUCCCGAAGCAAACGCUGCCCUCGCUUCUCCUGCUGACCCAAAACUACAUUCCUCCCCAUCGAAAGCUCUGGUCUUAUCCACCAACGCAUCCACACCCUCGGUUUCUAGCACAAAACCCUUUCUGAGCCUAGUAAAGUCUCUCUCUAGCGAGGUAGAACCAAAAGAAUUAGUCCCACCUGCCAGGCACCGCCACUUAAUGAAGUCACUAGUGAAAUCCUUGUCCACGGACACGUGGAAGCAGGAGUCCGAGCCGCACAAGCCACCUGACUCCAAACUAAACUUGCACUUGUUUAAGCAGUUUACUCAGCCCCGAGUUACCAGCGGAGACUCCAAAACUGCACCUUCCUCGCCAAUCACGUCGCCCUCCGAUGGACGCUCCUUUUUUAAGGUCUCUGAAGUCGAGGCAAAGAUUGAAGACACUAAAAGACGGUUUUCAGAAGUUAUUUAUGAACCUUUUCAGCUUCUUAGUAAGAUUAUGGGAGACGAUUCAUCGAGCUACCGACCAAAAGCCUUAUCCUCGAGUGCCUCUGAGCUCUCCAACCUUUCCAGCCUAAAUGGUCACCUGGAAAGCAAUAACAACUACUGCAUCAAAGAGGAGGACGGGGACUCGGAAGCCGAGCAGCCCGCCGGCGAGCUCGUGUCAAUGAAGGAUGAGAACCUCAAAACACCCGGUGAACUCGUGAAGGAUUUAGAUUGUAAAACCGCCGCGCAUGCGAGAAAUCCCACGUGGGAACUGGAGAAAUGUUCCUUGUCUGCGUUGGCCAGCAGGGAAGACGAAGAGUUCACAGAACUGUAUUCCGAAGACUUUGAGUUCGAUGACGCAACGGAAGGAGAUUGGGUUCUGGAUGCACCGGAGGAACUGGACGCAACUGAGGUGCUUUCUAAAGAUGAAGUCGAUUUGGGUGGUUCUGAAGUUCCCCUGAAAACGCUUUACGUCCUGGUCCUGGUGGUGUACGGUUACCUGCUGCUUCCCCUGCCGAGUUACGUUAAUGGGCUGUGCCUGGGGAUUGCCUUCGGGUUUAUGGCCGCGAUUGCCGUCGUCUGGCUCUUUGCGUCUCCACCGUCCGGCCGACGCAAACUACGCCCUCCAGCCCCACGCGUGGAACCCCUGCUGGUCGAGGAGCCGGAGAUACUGAAGGGAUGGAUGAAUGAAAUCCAGAAUUAUGACCCCGAGACUUACCACGCCACCUUGACGCAGUCUGUCUUUGUUCGCUUGGAAGGAUCCACCCUGAGACUCUCUAAACCCAACAAAAACGUCUCCCGGAGGACCAUUUACAAUGAGCCCAAACCUGAUGUUGUCUACGUCAGUCAGAAGAUCUUUGAUCUCGCUGACAGUAAAGUUUAUCUGGUUCCCAAAAGCCUGGCUCGCAAGCGAGUCUGGAACAAGAAGUACCCGAUUUGCCUGGAACUGGCCAGACAGGAUGACUUCAUGUCAAAGGUGGAGAAAGAGACUGCAGAAGACAAGGUGCCCUCUGAUCAUAGCGAGCAGGAUGGGAGCAGAGCCACCGGCCACGGCGACCAAGUGCUUUAUCUCUUCGGAAGGACUGGCAGGGAGAAGGAGGAAUGGUUCCGACAGUUCCUCCUGGCCUCCAAAAUGAAGCCUGACCUGAAGAAGCCGAGCACGGCCAUGAAAUCAGGGCUCCUGUUAACACACAGCAGGCAGGGCAGCCAGUCGGGGGUCCUGACCCAUAGCCGGAGCAGCAGUAAGAGCAGCCUGGACGAAGUGAUGGCUCAGGCCAAACCCAAGGAGCCCACCGGGAACCUACGCCAAAAGAUCCUUCUGGACUAUACCGUUUAUAUGGCAAGGUGUGUUCCGCAGGACGAUAAGAGUCCAUCGGAGAGCCCCGUCCACAGCGCCAGCAGCAGCCCGACGGCUACCAAGAAGAUCCGCGGAGGACAUUCGUCAGAGGAAGGUGAACAGCAGGUCUGGGUCAACGCUCUGCUGGGGAGAAUAUUUUGGGAUUUUUUGGGAGAAAAGUAUUGGUCCGAUCUGGUGUCUAAAAAAAUCCAAAUGAAGCUCAGUAAAAUAAAGCUGCCGUACUUUAUGAACGAGCUGACCCUGACCGAGCUCGACAUGGGGGUUUCUGUGCCGAAAAUCCUUCGAGCCUUUAAGCCGACCAUUGAUCACAGAGGUCUAUGGACGGACCUGGAAAUAUCCUACAACGGAUCGUUCCUGAUGACUCUGGAGACCAAGAUGAACCUGACCAAGCUGGGUAAAGAGUCGUUAGGAGAAUCGGCAAAAGUCGGGGAAAUUGGCAAGGAAGGUGCCAGGCCGCGGGCGUAUUACCUGGCGGACAGCGACGAGGAGUCGUCCAGCGCAGGCUCGUCGGAUGAGGAAGACGCGCCGGAAUUAACUGGAGACAAGCAGCUGACGGCAGGCGCUGAGGGGUACACGGCAACGCACCGCGCCAGCAAGAUCAUGAGGUUUGUGGAUAAAAUCACCAAAUCCAAGUAUUUCCAGAAAGCCACGGAAACGGAGUUCAUAAAGAAGAAGAUUGAGGAGGUCUCAAACACUCCCCUGCUGCUCACCGUGGAGGUCCAGGAGUGCCGGGGGCUGUUAGCCAUUAACAUUCCGCCCCCACCUACGGACAGGAUCUGGUAUGGAUUCCGGACGCCGCCGCAUCUAGAGCUGAAAGCGCGGCCGAAGCUCGGCGAGCGGGAAGUGACGCUGGCGCAUGUCACAGAGUGGAUCGAGAAGAAGCUGGAGCAGGAGUUUCAGAAAAUAUUCGUCAUGCCAAACAUGGACGAUCUAUACGUCUCCGUAAUGCACUCAGCGAUGGACCCCCGCUCUACGAGAGAAGCGGAGGGGGACUCGGCAGAUGCGUGCUGACCGCCAGGCCGUUUGCAGUAUUACUCGCGCAGCGGCAUCCUC